AUGGACUGUGAUGCAUUGAUAUCACUGAUUGAACAAUGCUAUGAGAGGAUGUGCCGAAAAAAAAGAGCCUUGUGUUGGAAUCUUUCAGGAGCUUUGUGUAACAGUCCGGCAGAAGUGAUUUGCUUGAUAAAAAACUUAGGACUGAGCACAAAGUCACAAAUAAAAAGGGGGCUGCGAGUUGCCACUGUUGCUCUUCUAGUUACUGGGACAAUAAAGGGUUCUCACCUUGGUGAUUCAUCGGAUAUUUUGGGCUCUUUGUUAGCAUGCAGGGUUUUUUUAAAACUGAGAAAAUUUUCCGAAGAAGAGAGGCAUCAUUUUCUUCUUCAGAGAAAUAUAUUACAUGCCUUGGCGGAGAUAAAGCAAUGGAUUAGAGGUUUUUUUAAUUGCGAAAAUCUCCUUCAGACGAAGAUUCCUUUGGAAAAAAGGAGCAUUUUGCAACUCAUAGAGUUGAUGUUAAAGAGAAAUAGGUCAUUCAGUGAAAGAUGUUGUUUGGAUUUGGCGCAUCUUUUGGUAAAGACGGCCGUUCAACAGAAAAGACUUCUUUUUAUCCCGAAGAUUACACACGGUGAUAUGGUUUAUGGUGGUCAUGCUUCUUCCGAGUUUUUUGAUAAUAUAACAGUUUUUGACCAUGCGGUUUUGCUGCCGAUUUCCUUGUCCCUUGAAGCACGGCUCCUAUUGCUUGACGCUCAUGCCCGAAAGGGAAAGUUUGUACUUUUUUCAUGCUCACUUCUCAUAGAGGACGGUGAAUUGGAGGCAUUUGUGAAAUUGCUACGGUCUUUGCAAAUUUGUUUUCUUGCAUCACAACGGGUAAUUGGAUCGGGUUUAAAAAAGGUUUUAUUUGAAUUAGAUGUAGUGCCCCUAGAGCGUCUAUCAUUAAAUCACAGUGGUGACGUUCAAUUGGUAACAGGUGCUACGCCAUUUCACAGCUUGUGUGAGUUUAUCUUAUGGACGAAAUCGGUGGAGUGUGAGACAGAAAACGUUUUUGAUCAUAUUGGAGAAGUUAGUAGGAUUGUUAAUUUGAACGAUGAACGCAUUUGGAUUUAUGGAAAAGGGAAUAUUGCAACUGUAUUUGUUCCCAUCCCGAAUCCCUUUGCUCUCAGCGCAAUUAUAAGAAGUUGUGAAGAGGCUUUUCGUAUCGCCUUUAUUGUUUUGCGUGGAUUUUCUGCGUAUCAGGAUUCUUUUGGUGCAUAUGAAGCUUUUUUUGCAGAGUAUUUACAUUAUCGGUAUCUGAUUCAUCCUGAGAAAAACAUAUAUCUUCGAGAUCUUGUCCAUGUUAUACGGUUUACAUUGCUUUCUUACGCCUCAAGUUCAGGGGUUUCACCGGACACUUUUUCACAGAUGAACUGCUUUGACGUGAGUAAAAAUACAACGGGAGCCUUUUUUUUUGACUUUUCUCGUUGUAAAAUUGAGCUAGAGGGGAGAGACACGGGAAACCACAUCAAUUAUGCUGCCCAAUUGGAACAAUGGGGGCGUGAACCACUUUGGAGGUUUGCGGAAUUAAUAUGGACUGCAAUCCAUAAUGCGUCAUUGUUGUUUUGUGUAAAAGAAUCGAUCUAA